GUCGACUAAACGUACUUGUUGUAGUCUUAGUAAGUAGAUCAACGUAUCAACAUGCGUAUCUUGUGUUUGUUAACGUGUUUUAUUUUAACCGUCCAUACAAAUGAAGCGGCGAGGAUAUUGGCUGUGAUCCCGACUCCUUCUAUCAGUCAUCAAGUCGUGUUCCGACCUCUAAUCCAAGAGCUAGCUAAGAGAGGACACGAUGUCACAAUCAUCACAACAGAUCCCGCCUUCCCGAAAGGAGGAGCUCCUGCUAACCUGACAGAAAUAGACGUCCAUGAUAUUUCAUACCAAUUAUAUGAACAGAUUCUGACAGAUAUGCCGAGGGGUAAGAAAAAUGAUAUUCAAAGUCAAACUGCAGCUUUCACAAGUUUUAUUGCAAAGGCUGUUGAUAUACAGCUAAGCGAUGAAGGAGUGCGGAAGUUGAUUGAAGACAAAAAUCAGAAGUUUGAUUUGUUAAUUUUAGAAGCUUGGGUUAGACCCGCAUUGGUGUUCACUUAUAUUUAUGACGCACCUGUAAUUCUGAUGAGUUCUUUUGGGGCUCUGUUUGACAAUGACGCAAUGGUAGGAACUCCAACACAUCCCAUUCUAUAUCCUACUGUUUUCCGUCAAAGACUGAACAAUCUUACAAUGUGGGAGAAAAUAACGGAAAUGUAUAGCCAUUACAGAAUUCAAAAUGCAUUUUAUGAACUUAGACAUUUUGAAGAUAAAAUUCUUCAGAAACAUUUUGGACCAAACAUCCCAUCGGUAAUGGAACUAAGUAAUAACGUAGAUAUGCUGUUCUUGAAUUUGUAUCCAGUGUUUGAAGGUAUUCGGCCAGUUCCACCCAACGUAAUUUAUACUGGUGGCCUGCACCAAAACCCGGUGAAGGAUUUGCCUCAGGAUCUAAAAUCAUACUUAGACUCUUCAAAAAAUGGUGUGAUUUACAUCAGUUUUGGUACAAACGUGGAUCCUACUUUACUGCCAGCCGACAGAAUCCAAGUACUAGUGAAAGCAUUCUCUGAGUUGCCCUACGAUGUGUUAUGGAAGUGGAACGGAGACGAGCUGCCUGGACGUACUGAGAACAUCAGAAUCUCAAAGUGGUUGCCGCAGUCAGAUCUACUUAGACAUCCAAAAAUCAAGUUAUUCGUGACACAAGGAGGCCUACAAUCUACAGACGAAGCAAUAAGUGCUGGCGUUCCAUUGAUUGGAGUCCCCAUGCUGGGCGAUCAGUGGUUCAACGUAGAAAGAUAUGUAUAUCACAAGAUUGGUGUUCGAUUGGAUUUGGAUGAUAUUACAGUAGAAAACUUUAAAAGCAAUAUCCACAAAGUUAUAGGCGACGAAAGCUAUCGGCAAAACACCAUCAAACUACGAGGAUUUAUGCGUGACGAAAUUCAAACUCCGCUGGAGCGCGCCGUGUGGUGGACGGAGUACGUGCUGCGUCACGGCGGCGCGAAGCACCUGCGCUCGCCCGCCGCCAACAUCUCGUGGGCGGAGUACCUGGAACUGGAACUGGUGCUCACAUUACUGGCUGGACUAUUUGUCAUCGUUACUGCAUUCGUCUUUAUACUAUUAACAUUAUACAAGCAUUUCCUUAAGAAAUUCUUAGGUACUAUCAAAGUAAAACGCGCUUGAAUGUAAUUGAAGUAUGUUAUUUUGGGACUUAUUUAGAACUGUGCCAAUAAUUUGGUGUAAACAGAUUGUGUGUUGAUAGAAUAGGUAUAAUUCAGAAUGUCUUAUCUCCAAGUGUUCGUAACAUAGAAAUUAUUUAUUUUUCCCUUUCCCGUUUCGAGACCUUUAAAUGUUUAUAGGAUAUUUCUUCACCACAUUUUAGUCGUUUUGUUACUAGUGUUAAUUUUUAUAUUUAUUAAUGAAUACAUAGUAUAUUAUGUGUUUUAGUGCCUAUUGAUUCCAUGCAACGCUUCUCAAGGUCAGGUCCGUGAAUGGGUGACCAUCUACGUCAUGCGUAUGUCGUGUUUUGGGGGCAGCGAUACAUUGCCAGUUAGUACAUCUUUGACAGCCGUCAGUAUUAUCACGCAAAGAAGUCUGACAAAUAGUCUUACUAAGGAGUACCGUGUUGCGCAAAGAACUAGGAGUCAGAUCUGUAGUCGGUUCUUUUUAAACAGUACGUUGCUUUCACUGCAUUCGGUAAGACUGAAAGCCAACCCCAAUAAAAUUGGGAACGGUCAAGGCAUAAGUAAAUUAGAAAAUGAAGCGUAGUUUUUUGCAAAUGAUAUAAAUCAAAACAAAAAUCACUUAAUCAUUCAUGUUGUGAAUCAUUAUUAUUAAUAAACCCUGUUUGAAAUUU